AUGGUUGGUGAUAAUGCGGACGAGACCAUGGAUUCUUUGUUGAAGGAAAUCGAUGAUGAGAUGGAGAACACAAUUCCUUUAGACUCCCAGAUUUUGAAGCAAGACCAAGGUGAGAAGAAUACCCGAAGAUGGAGCAUCCCGCUGCAGGAGAUUGGAGAUGAGACGAUGGAAAUGUUGGUAUCUCACAACACUAUUCGAAACAUAAAGAUCAAAGAUGCUUCGGAGUUCCAAAAACUUGAACAAGAAGGCAAAGAGUCCACACCAUUACCGUCCAUGAGGAAGUCAGUGGUGUUCAGUGAAGGAGUUAAUUUUCACGAGUAUGCAGACGGAAGCGCCGAUGAGCAGAAAGACAGCGACCACGAAUCAGUCAAGAUAGAUACAACCUGGAAAAGGUCGUCCUUUGUUCCUGCAACUGAGUUACCAAAUGAGCUUAACCAGUCACUGAUUGUCGAGACUCCUUCCGAUUCCGAUGAGGGACAGGAAGAGCAUGAUCUGGUUCUCACAACUCAAGACUUACUAGAACAUACGGUCGCUGAUCUGGAUCAGAAAUUGUCCCACAUGUUUGAUGCAAAUCGGAACGCGCAUAGGCUUAAACUGGCCACUGAAGAAAUGGACGAAGUAGCUCCGGAAAGAAGGGAGCCUCCCAAAAUCGAGUAUACCUUGCAGUCAACAAAACCGUUGACAGUCGGAACUUCGGGGAAAGUGGAAGAGGCAGGUCUGAUACAUUUCCAAACCACUGAGGAUGCUGUGGAAGCACAUGACGAUGAAGAUCAAGACGCUGAAUUAUCAACCGAGUACAUGGACGAAAUCAGACACUCUCCCUCUAAAAUUCCCUUAACAAAUACAGUAAGCAUUAAUAACUUCAGCAUCGCUCAGCAAGGUGGGGAUCCGCAAACGCGGCUGUCUUCUGGCUCAUCUUGCUGCGAUAGCGUCGCUGAUCUAAAGACUACGAUACAGCACGACAGAUACAAUUUGCUGGAAUCUACUAACAAUCUUGCUGCGCAACGUGAGGAGAAUUACUACAGUGAUACUGGAUCGUUUUCGCGCCACGAAACACUGGCCACCCAUCCGAACGCCUCCCGUAUUUUCAGUGUAGCGACAUCCGGCGACGGUUAUAAAUCUGCGAAAGAGACGGCUUAUAGCGUUUGCUCGGCUUGCUCCAUUGAAGGUGCCCCAGUUCGUCCCGUCGCUAAGUUAGCCGAAGGAUCGGUUGAAGAUUUAGACAUAUCAGCAGGUCUUCUGAAGAACGGCGAUUCAACGUCCACGAUUGCUGAAAACUCAAGACUUGAGGAUGAGAGUGUCUUCACAGACAAUGGUGAAUUGUCAUCUCAUGAGAUAUACCAUCCUCCUCAACUUCCACAGUUGCCUAUCCUGGCAUUGCGACGUAUUGAGCGGCAACCCAUAAGAAUAGCUGAAGAAUAUUCUGAAGCAAAGGAGACUGAAAUUUCGAGAGAUAACCAAACUCGAGAGACCAUCUCAGCUGACUCGGUUGAAGAACAAACUGCUGAUGAGCUUGCGGUGCAUUCGCCUUCUGAUCAAAUAGUAGAGGGUUGCACCGCCAUUAUGAAGCUUCAAGACCAAGAGGAUUCCUCUUGCCAAAACUCAAUUGCCGACCAGGAGGCAUCCCAAAAUUCCAGUAUAAAUUGCAGCAAAACAUAUAUUGCGGAACCCACGGGGCAAGCCGACCUCUUAUCUGAAGUACAACCAGCAAAUUCUGACAAAGGAUGUAGUGCGCCAAAUGAUAGGCAGACGGUUGACACUGAAAACGGCAAUGAGAUCGAAAGCCCUAUGCUGCCGCGGGUCGCUCGCAUGGGAUCACUAUUUCUCGAUAAUCCUUUCAUGGACGAUUUUGACACAUCUGCGGAAUCUAUAGAUUUGACCAGAUCAGUGAAACCCUCCGAUUACCUGUCUAUAUGGCAUAUGCAGGAGGAAGAUAUUAAAUCCACGUCACCCGCAUUAAGCUCCAACUCUCAGUUUUCGCGCUAUACGAACUCGACAGACACUUCUGCUGUUAAUAGCAACUUGGAACAUACUUUCAAGUUUAAGCCAAGAGUUAUUAGCCGCAGCAAGUACUAUUAUCCAGAACCAAGGUACGAGACAUCAAACUACAAUGAUGAAUACGUGAUCACAAGGCCUGAGACGGCGCUGGACCCAUUAAGACGAAACACUAACAUCUCCAAAAAGAUACAGGAGAACAUCAAAAAUCAAAGAAGGCUGUUUGCAACACUGCAUAAUCUCCGCGAAGGUUAUGAGCUGGAAGAAAACUGUGAUCAAGAAGCGAAAUUAAAUGAUAAGGAUGAUCAAAGCCUGAUCGAGGGCACAGAUUCUGCCGAGUUAUCGAAUACCAGGGAGACUGGGAACAAUCAGCUGCAGCUUUUACCAUCUCUGCCUGAUUUCGAAUUGGGAGAGGAAUUCGCUACUUAUCUCGAAGUAGCGACAAACGAUAACAGAUCCAUUCUUCAUCCAUCUAAGGAUGAGCAGGGAAAUUACAGUGUCUGGAAUCAUAAUAUUGAGCUGGGUACUCCGACUGCACCAGCGAAGAACAAUGUGUCUAUUGAUGCAAUUCAUAAGCUGUUAGGUGACGAAAAUAAGACGACUGAGCUGUUAGAGACAGAUGCGCGGAGCGUGGGAUCUAAUAACGUUAUUGGAGUCCUCAAGACUCCAGUGAAGGAAGUCUCUGUCGGCAGGGGACUGAGCCUCAAAGGAUAUGAGGCCAUGGUCAGCGAAGGCUUUGGUUCUGAAGGAUAUUCGAGAAGUAUUAAAAAACAUGGUAGUGAGGAGGCCGCUUUGGACCCUCUUUCCAUAAGUCCAAGCCCAAGCCCUGUAAAGAAGACUCACGUCGGCAGCCCUUUUAAAGUGAAAACGAGAAGAAAUGACAUCUGUCAUGAGAAGACGAAAUCAAAUAACCAACCGCCUGAAGACGAUUCGAGGCGAGAAGACAAGCUUGAAGUCGAAGAUUUUCAUUUAAGCAGUUGCAAUGAACCACAAGCUGAAAGCGCUUGCGUGACUGAUGAUCUAGAUCAAAGGACCGUUCUACCUGAUAGAGGCAAUCUCUACUUAAAGCUGAAGAAUAUCACCGAUCUUUUGCUGCAAAACGUAAAGUAUCAUAAGGCCGAAUUUUCCGUUGAGUUUGAUAAUGGUAUGGACACCAUUCAGACCACAUGGCAGCCCAUGACAAGCAAUGAUAGGUGUGACAUCGAUAAAGAGUUUGAGAUUAUUCUUGCUAAUGAUAUGAAGAAAAUUUCAAAGCUGAUUAUCACGUUAAGAUGUCGCUAUCAGUCGCCAAAGUUUGAGCUGCAAGAAGUCGUCGAAAAGAUUCCCGUCGGCAGGAAGUUUCCUUUCGGAAAGAGUAAGUUUGAGUAUCAAAAGCGCUUUGUGCAGAAAUCCCCAACACAAGAUGAAUGGGAUUUCUUAUUCGCCAGAGAUGGAUCUUUUGGUCGUUGUGAAAUCAAUCUUGAUGAGGCCUUUUUAGGUGGGGUCAAGUUUCGUAAUAAACUUCUUACCUUCACAAUGGUAAACGAAUGGGCUCGUAAGCCGGAUCCACUUUCCUCGAAAAAGCUGCAUGAACUACCAAGAAGAUCACCAUAUGCGAUAGGGGCGUUGAAUAUCGAAGCAUGUUACUUGGAGCGGACUUCACCUCUCGAAAAGUUUCCGAAAACUUUACAAAUUGCCCGUAGUAUUAUUUCCAAGUAUAUGCAGCAACAAGCAAUUUUUAAAGAAGGAUACAUGUUGCAGGAAGGAGGCGACGUGCAGAGCAACAUUCAGAGACGUUUUUUUAGGUUACAGGGCAAUAACAUGCUUGGAUACCAUGAGAUAACUAGGCAGCCAAAACUAGCUGUAAAUUUGCUAAAGGUUGUGAAGGUCUUUGGCCCUGGGGACAUUCCGAAAGGAGGUGAGAGAAAUUUGACAGACCUCGUACUUUUCAGCGGCUGUUUCCAUUUGGUGUUCGAUAAUGAAGAAAGAAUAACGUUCAGCACUGAAUCACCGAAGGAUGGUGAGGACUGGUGCAAUAAAAUAAGCGAGGUGAUCAGUCUCAACCGGUGUCAUCAACCUUGGGUGAAAUAUUUUCAUCAAUCCAUCGACUUAGAUCAUUAA